UUCUCUGUCAGUUUUGGCAAGGCUAUAAAACAGGAGAGGCGGACACCCUAUAUAGGUAUAGUACUCGAGCUAAUAAAAGACAAGAUCUUUUAGUUUACCAGAAAGUACGUUCGCGUCAGAUAAGGUUUACUUUAAAGCAGCUUCUACGUAAGAAUGUUGGUCUUGUUUCUAACAUUCUGCGCGAGUUUAAAUUUGGUUUCGUCCUCCUGUCCUGCUCGGUGUUCAUGUCUCCAUGGUUCCCCCAAGUGUGCGCUCGGUGUCAGCCUUGUGCAAGACGAUUGUGGCUGCUGCAAAGUUUGCGCGCGCCAGCUCAAUGAAGACUGUAGCCAGGCGGCACCAUGCGACAAUACUAAGGGACUCGACUGCAACUUCGGGUCUGGUCGGGGCGCAGUUAAAGGCAUAUGUCGAGCAAAAUCAACUGGAAGGCCCUGUGAGUAUGACAAUAAAAUCUACCAGAAUGGGGAGAUUUUCCGUCCAAACUGCAAGCACCAGUGUACAUGUAUAGAUGGUGCCGUGGGGUGCAGUUCCCUUUGCCCUCUGGAGCUAGCCUUGCCCAAACUGGGCUGUAGCAAACCUAGGCUGGUCAAGGUGGCUGGGCACUGCUGUGAGAAGUUGGUCUGCCCUGAGGAAAGCAAAACAGCAGGAGCUGUGAUCAAGAAGCUCAAAAUGGCACAUGAACAUUCUGAAGAUGACCUCACCAUCAGGAAUGAGUUGGUGUCUGGAGUCAGAGGAGGUGGACUCAAGUCUUUGCCUGUGUUUAAGAGUCAGCCAAAGAGCCGCCUGUCAUCGAGGAGGAGGUGUGUGCCACAAACCACUACUUGGUCCCCUUGCUCCCAAUCCUGUGGCCCUGGGGUGUCCUUCAGACUCACCAACAAUAAUAAUCAGUGCAAGCUGUUAAAAGAGACUCGUCUCUGUGAAGUCCGCCCAUGCUUUCAGCCUACAUCCUCAAGCUUGAAGCGCGGUAAGAAGUGUAGCGCCAUGGAAAAGGCUAGCCUGCCUGUAAAGUUCACCUACGCAGGCUGCCGCAGCUUGAAGAUGUUCCGUCCCAGGUACUGUGGGUCUUGUCUGGAUGGCCACUGCUGCAGACCCAAGAAGACCCGGACGGUGCCAAUCCGCUUCAGCUGUGACGAUGGACAGACCUUCAGCAAGGACGUCAUGAUAAUCCAGUCUUGCAAGUGUGACAUCAGCUGCUCCCACAGCAGCACAGAACCAUCCCUUGUUUUCAGAUAUUUGAAUGGUGUCCACAAGCUGCUUGAUUAAUGGCAUGAUGUAGAGAAGUCUGUGAGGGUGUUUGGUUGUUUGUGUGUGUAAUCGAAAUCAAGGAUUUUCUGUGCACUAAUAGGGGAGAUAUUAGAGAUGACAGUUUCUGUGCUUCAUCCCUAAAGACAUUGCUUCAUAGAAUUGGAGCUUAAGUAGUUGCUUCGUUAUGAAGCAUUCUGUUAUGUAAUAUUAAAUGCCAAGUUAGUCCCAAAUGUUUGUAUGCAUGCUCCUGAUUUUAUGUAAUAAAAGUGUAUAUUUAAAAAU